GCUCUUGGCACUGAGAUGAUGGGGCAGGGGGUGGGGUGGCGUGAGUAAAAUGCUGUAAUUUGGAGGGAGGAGGAAAUUUUGGCCCAUCCCUCUGUCACUGAAGCCGAGAUGAUGACAGAGAAUGGAACACCAGAGAAACCCCCAGGGACUUUAGCGGCAGAGUUCUCCUGGAUGACAUGUGGCCUUAGGCAAAUCACACCCUCCCCUGGCCCACUGUCCUGCCCAGUGACAUUUGACUGGGGGUUGUUCAAUCUCUGCCUCUCCCCUUUUCCAAAAGAAUCUUCAGCACGCUCUCCUUGGAUGGAGCCUCACAAAAGCUAAGAAGCAGUUAGAGGCAGACCUCCUCAUCGCCCAGAGCCUUCUCUUUCUCAAGCAGUCAUGCCCAGCACAAAGAGUGCUGGGGGUCCCCGGGGAGCUGUUGACCUCAAACUGGACCUCAGGUCACCUCCCGAAAGUGCCAAGAAACUGCAGAGCAACGAAUCCAGUCUCUGGGAUGGAAGCCCUUCUGAGUUGCCCAACUCGAAGAAGACCAAGGGCAUCACAGCGUUCCAGACCUUGAUCCACCUGGUGAAAGGCAACAUGGGCACAGGAGUCCUGGGCCUGCCCCUGGCGGUGAAGAACGCAGGCCUGCUGAUGGGCCCACUGAGUCUGCUGGCAAUUGGCUUCAUCGCCUGCCACUGUAUGCACAUCCUGGUCAGGUGUGCCCAGCGCUUCUGCCACAGGCUUAACAAGCCCUUUAUGGACUAUGGGGAUACAGUGAUGCACGGACUAGAAGCCAGCCCCAGCUCCUGGCUCCGGGAACACGCCCACUGGGGAAGGCAUAUGGUGAGCUUCUUCCUUGUCUUCACCCAGCUGGGCUUCUGCUGUGUAUACAUCGUGUUUCUGGCUGAUAAUUUAAAACAGGUAGUGGAAGCUGUUAAUAGCACCACCACCAACUGCCACAACAACGAGACGGUGAUUCUGACGCCCACCAUGGACUCGAGACUCUACAUGCUCACCUUCCUGCCCUUCCUGGUGCUGCUGGUGUUUGUCAGGAACCUCAGGGUCCUGUCCAUCUUCUCCAUGUUGGCCAACAUCAGCAUGCUGGUCAGCCUGGUCAUCAUCGCCCAGUACAUUGUCCAGGAAAUUCCAGACCCCAGCCGGUUGCCCCUUAUAGCAAGUUGGAAGACCUACUCUCUCUUCUUUGGAACAGCCAUUUUUUCAUUUGAAAGCAUUGGCGUGGUUCUGCCCCUGGAAAACAAGAUGACGGAUACGCGCCGCUUCCCAGCCAUCCUGUCUUUGGGAAUGUCCAUCAUCACUGCCCUUUACAUUGCCAUCGGGGUUCUUGGCUACCUGCGGUUUGAAAACGACAUCAAGGCCAGCAUAACCCUUAACCUGCCCAACUGCUGGCUGUACCAGUCGGUCAAGCUCCUGUACAUCGCUGGCAUCCUGGGCACCUACGCCCUGCAAUUCUAUGUCCCUGCAGAAAUCAUCAUCCCCUUAGCCAUCUCCCAGGUGUCAAAGCGCUGGGCGCUGCUUCUGGACUUGUCUAUCCGCAUCACCAUGGUCUGCCUGACAUGCAUCUUGGCCAUCCUCGUCCCCCGCCUGGACCUGGUCCUCUCCCUGGUGGGCUCCAUAAGCAGCAGUGCCCUGGCUCUCAUCAUCCCGCCCCUCCUGGAGAUCACCACCUACUACUCAGAAGGCAUGAGCCCCCUCACCAUCGCCAAGGACGCCCUGAUCAGCAUCCUGGGCUUCGUGGGCUUUGUGGUGGGAACCUACCAGGCCCUGGAUGAGCUGAUCCAGCCAGCACACCCUGCCACCUUUUCCAACUCCACCAUUUUUGUUCAGUGAGAAUGGCAGUGCUCCUCAUCCACCAGCACCUGACUUUUAAUGAUAUGUAACUCUUGUAUAUAUGCAUUCUUUCUUUUACUGUCUUACCUGUUCUCUGGGCCAAGUCAUGGUAAAACAAGCAGACUCACUGGCUACAAGGUCUAGAUGGUAAUUAAAUUUUUUGUUGUUGUUUAUUA